CACUGGACAUUGGCAAGCUUGGCGGUGCUCGUCCUGUAUUUGUAUUUCAAUGUAUGGCGUCGGUUUCAAGCGGGCAUCGCCAGUAUACAUUCGCGUUGUGCUGCAACUUUGAGCCUCUCUCGAUUGCCUAAAGUGCCAAAAGAAAUACUGGAAAAGCACGAUGAUAUGUGUGCCAUUUGUUUGUGUGAUAUGACGGAUGACGUGCGCAUCACGCCCUGCAGACACCUCUUUCACAGCAUAUGCUUGCGGAGAUGGCUUUAUGUUAAACAGGUCUGUCCUUUGUGCUACACCGAUCUUUGGGAAAGGAACGCAGUUCUGGCUCCGGAGGGACAACCACUUCUGGAUGAGGGCGGCUCAGUUAGAUUGGCGGACACUAGCAAUGGCAGUGCUGAGUUAUCUAUUGCGGAAAAUUCCUCGGGAAUUAUAGACGACGAUAGUCCGAACUCAGACGACACUGAAUAUACGCUGGAUAGUUCGAGCAGUGAUGAGGCCACCGAAAUGAACAUUUAA